UCCUUUCACGUUUGCUUUCCCCCCCUCUUGCCCCCAUAUUGUACGUGUGGAUAAGAAUCCAAUGGCUAACAUUCUAAUUCUGUUUGAGAUACACAUCUUCAACAGACCUCAGUAGUUUUGCAACUACCAAGAAUUGAAGUUCCUUUCAUUCUUCUCUGAUGGCUUUCUAUGGCUUCAAGGGAGAUGUCGAUGAGUGUUACUGGACUCCUUAUAUGAGCAGUACUUGUGAUUAUGAUGCUCUUCUUCCACCUCCAGCUUCAUUAGCAUAUUCUUCAUAUGAGGUGAAUGAGCCAAGAUUAUAUUCUUACAAUUUCUUUGAUUCUUAUGCCACUCAACCAGUACAGAACUACUCUGUGCAUAGUUUUUCUGAACCGAGGCUUAUCCAAUAUGAGCCACCUCCCUCCUAUGGUGUCGAUUCCUUUUAUUCUCGGACAAAUUACACAGUCUCUUACUCCACCUUAGAGUUUAACGAGCCUGAGUGGGAUGAAUAUGAUCCAACACCUUAUGGUGGCGGCUAUGAUCAAACUCAAACCUAUGGCAAACCUCUUCCUCCCUCAGAUGCAAUCUGUUAUCCUCGUUCCACCCCACAGCCAAAUGGUGAAUUGUUGGGCGGCUUUUCAUAUGCAUCCAUUCCUUCAGCUUAUGGAGAAAAAGAUGGCCAUUCAACGAAGCCUGAUGAUGGACGCAAGCCUGCAGACACCAAAGAGCAAGAGCAAGAAUCCCUUGAUGGUGAUGGAGAUACUGUUACCGAGGGAACUGAUGACAAUGUUAAGGACGACGACGACCUUGGGAAACCUCUGGAGGAAAAACUUGGUCAUGUUGAUGGGAAAUUGCCGGAGCGAGAACCCAGGGAUUUUGAUGAAAUUCCUUCAUCUGAUUAUGGAAGAAACGGAGGAUAUGGUCAUGAAUGGAACAGGCAAGUACCAUAUAUUCCGUAUGGUUCUGGUUUGGAAUCUCUGGACCUUUGUGACAGUAUAUUCGGUUAUUGGCCCUGCUUAGCCAAAAUCGAACGGCAGCAGAAAUGUCCAGUUUGUGAUGAAGCAAACAGAAAUGACCCCUGGAAAAGCACAGCAGAUUAUCUUUUCGGAAGUCCCUAUGGAUAUGGUGAGCAACAGGAUGGAGGUAGUGGAAAUUAUUACGAUAGAAGCGGAAGUUAUUAUCAGUAUCAACAUCAGUACCUACAGCAAUGAGCAUGGCAAUCACAGAAGAGCAAGCAACUUCUUUGAUGGAUAUUGACAUGUAUUUAAUUCUGAUUCACUUAUGUUUACAGAAGAUCAUAUUAUGCAUGUUUCAUCUAUUUAAUUGGAGGGCAGAUUUUAACUAA